AUGGAGGCGAUCGAGGCUGAUCCUCGAGGAAAACUGAAAUUCACCACCCGGGGCUUCUCCCUCGACUUUAGCAGCGAGCCGCAGGACGUUGUGGCGCAACUAGGAAAGCCUUGCUCCGUGAUGCAGAAGAGGAUAGACAAACUGCGGAUUCACGCCCGGCAGGGCUCCACCACUGCAUAUUACUUCUACAACUACUUCCAUCUUGGCCUCGACAUCCUCUUUGAUGCAAAACAGCACACAGUUCGCAAGUUUGCUCGCAGCAACCGGAGGAUCGAAGUUUCUCCGGACACGCGAUGGCCGGAGAUCGAGAAGUGUCUGGGUCCCCCUCAAGGGGGGAAGCCUUUGAUCCAUAUGGACCAGACGUCGGGGGACCAGAGCGGAGGAAAAAGGAGGAGCCUUGAGGAAGAGAAGAAGAGGAAGGGGGGGGGACAUGUGCGGGAGGAGGACGAGGACGAGGACGAGGACGAAGACGAGGACGAGGACGAGGACGAGGACGAGGACGAGGACGAGGACGAGGACGAGGACGAGGAGGCAUGA